GAAGAGAGGAGCCUUAAAACUUGGCUGCUAUAGUGGAAUGUGAAUUAUUGACAAAAUACUUACGGGUUUGUCAUGCAUUGAGCUGGCAGUUUAAAAAAAGAAAGAAACUAGGACAAUCUGUGAGAGAGACAGGAGUGCGCGGGCGACGGCGCGAGGAUGGCGGAGGACGGGCGCGCGGACGACGACGUGCCGCUGAUCCUCACGUGGGACGAGGCCAACAGCGACCUGCUGCCAGGGGACGAGCCCGACAGGGGGGCCACCGCCGCCACUGAGAAUGGCGGCGGUGGCAGUUAUGACAUUGUUAACAAUUCGGUGAUCACCACCCCAGGGCCUCAGGACCAUAGGUCCCAGUUUGGCUCCCUGAGGCAGAGCUGGGAAAUGAACUACCAGGAGGCUGCCAUCUACCUACAGGAGGGAGAGAACAAUGACAAGUUCUUCACGCACCCCCGGAACCCCAAGGCACUGACUGCUUACCUCUUUGCCCACAACCACCUGUUCUACAUGAUGGAGCUGCUCACAGCACUGCUCCUCAUGGUGCUGUCGCUGUGCGAGGCCCCUGCAGUGCCCUCCUUGCGGCUGGAUGUCUAUGUCCAUGCCACUCUUGAGCUUCUGGCCUUGGCGAUGGUUGCCUUCGAGCUUUGCAUGAAGCUUCGCUGGCUUGGCUUCCAUACCUUCAUCCGCCACAAGAGGACCAUGGUCAAGACCUGUGUACUCUUUCUCCAGUUUGUGGAGGCCAUUGUGGUUCUGGUCCGACAGACCUCCCACCUGCGAGUCACAAGGGCCCUCCGUCCCAUCUUCCUGGUGGACUGCCGCUACUGUGGAGCCGUGCGCAGGAACUUGCGGCAGAUAUUCCAAUCUCUGCCGCCAUUCAUUGACAUCCUGCUGCUGCUGCUCUUCUUCAUGGUCAUCUUCUCCAUCCUGGGCUUUUAUUUAUUUUCCCCAAACAAAGCAGAUCCCUAUUUCAAUACGCUGGAGAACAGUAUUGUCAACCUGUUCGUACUCCUGACAACAGCCAAUUUUCCAGAUGUGAUGAUGCCAGCAUACUCCAAAAACCGAUGGUCCUGCGUGUUCUUCAUUGUUUACCUGUCCAUCGAGCUUUACUUCAUCAUGAACCUGCUCUUGGCCGUAGUGUUCGACACCUUUAAUGAUGUGGAAAAGAUGAAGUUCAAGUCGUUGCUGCUGCACAAGAGGUCAGCAAUAGACCAUGCCUUCCAGCUUCUGGUUAGUAGACAGAGGCCCAAUGGGGUGUCCCUCAAGCAGUUUGAUGGGCUGAUGCGCUUCUACCGACCAAGGAUGAGUGCCCGCGACCGUUUUCUCACAUUCAAAGCCCUCAACCACUCCAACUCGCCCAUGCUGAGCCUAGAGGACUUUUAUAACUUCUAUGAAGUAAAUGGGUUGAAGUGGAAGGCGCGGCGGAGUGGGGAGCACUGGUUUGACGACCUCCCACACACUACCUUCCUCAUCUUCAAAGGCAUUAAUAUUCUUGUGAAGUCCAAACCUUUCCAGUAUGCAAUGUAUGUUGUCGUUGCUGUGAACGGCGUGUGGAUCCUGGUGGAGACAUACAUGUCCGACGGUGUCUUCUCCUGGUCUCAGACUGUACCCUGGAGUUAUAUUGUCUUCCUUACAAUUUACGGGGUUGAAAUGCUGCUGAAAAUCACCGGCCUGGGUCCUGUGGAGUACUUCAGCUCUGGAUGGAACCUGUUUGACUUCUCUGUGACACUCUUCGCCUUCCUGGGCCUCAUGGCGCAGGCCUUCAACAUGGAGCCCUUUUAUUUCAUUGUUGUGCUGCGACCCCUCCAGCUGCUACGGCUCUUCAAGAUAAAGCAGAGGUACCGCAAUGUGCUGGACACCAUGUUUGAGCUCUUCCCUAGAAUGGCCAGCCUAGGACUCACACUCAUCAUCUUCUACUAUUCCUUCGCCAUUGUGGGGAUGGAGUUCUUUGCUGAUGUUGUGUAUCCCAACUGCUGCAAGAACAGUACGGUAGCCGACUCGUACAGGAAGGAAAAUGUCACCAAAGGGGAACAGACUGUCCUCUUUGAGGGCUACUACUAUCUAAACAACUUCAAUAACAUCCUCAGCAGCUUCGUGACGCUGUUUGAGCUCACUGUAGUCAACAACUGGUACAUCACAAUGGAAGGAGUCACGUCAGAGACCACCCACUGGAGUCGCCUUUAUUUCAUGACCUUUUACAUUGUUACCAUGGUUGUCAUGACCAUCAUAGUGGCUUUCAUCCUGGAUGCCUUUGUCUUCAGAAUGAAUUACAGCCGGAAGAACAGAGACUUAGUGGGAGACCCAGAAGAUGAGAACGGCAUUGUGUUUGAAGCGGAGGUGUCCCGAGAGGAGGCGCUGUCCACACUGGAGCUAUACAGGCAGACCUACAUUGGAGGCUCCAACCUCAGUUCCCUUCAGGGGGUGCUCAUGAGCAUGGAUCGCAGCGGGCAUCCAUCGCUUGUCUUCCUUGGCCGACGCUCCCGUACAAAGAGUGACCUCAGCAUGAAGAUGUAUGAGGAAGAGAUCCAGGAGUGGUACGAGGAGUACUCUCGCACGAGUCCCCUGCACCCACACCAGCAGCUUGACAGCUUGGAAGGUCCUGUGCCCCAGCCUCCUGGCCACAACACUUCCCAGCCCCUCCAGCCCAUUAACUAGCGACCGUGAACCCCAGCAGGGUGUGUCAGCUGCUAUCCACACACUCCCACUUUCUCCAUUCCUCAGUCUACUCACUCCCAGGGUCCUACUCCAAACUCACCAAAGGCACAGAGAGUGGAUGGAUGUCUGGGUCAUCUUCACAGGCUGCAGCAGCAUUAUGGAUGCUGAUCCAUUCUGUACAGAUCUUCUCACUGAGCGGUGGCUGGUUCUCUUGGUCCUACUGUCCUUCGGGGCAUUCAGUUCUUGAAGCUAGUGUGUAUGAUAAAAUGAUUCCACCUUCUCAACUGCUGCCAUGUUCCCAUCAUGAACUGGAUGUACAGAUGUCAUUAAGUGCCUCUGCCCCAGGAAUAUGUGAUUAAACAGAUUGAGUAAAAUUCUUAGAUUCUAUGGCUGCACUUGGAAAGCUGCUUUAAAUCCUAUUGGAAUCAAGUUUUUAGACUAGAGAGUAGCUGUUCUGUCCCUAAUGCUGCCAUCCUGGAGCGAUGGAAAGAGGGAUGCAGCCCUGAAGUCCACCAAUUACAAAGGCUAUUUCGGUGCGUGUUUACCAGCCCCCUCAUGUAACCAUUGAAGAAAAGACUUAUCUUCUGAGCAGGUGCAAAAUUGCAGUACUUCUGUGUUCUUAGCCCCAGGAUAUUUUCAAACCUGAAAGUAUUUGGCAUUACUAUUGUAAAUAAAUGUGUAUUAAUAGUUGCAUAAGUUAUUCUUUAAAUCUUUGUAAUGUUACAGAACUCAUUUCUCAAUAUAGCCAUUAUAUUGCUUGGAAUACUUACCCUACCAGCAUACGUUAGUACAGAAUUGCCUUUAUGGGUAAUGGAACCGUUCUGUUUGUCCUUCCUACUGUACUUCCUCUUGGAUGUAUUAUGGCAGCAGUCAUUAUGUGGGCUCACCACACGGGGGAAAAAUAAUAAACCCCCACCACACCCCUGAAACAGCAGUAGUUUCUGAACUGAAGAUAAGGUCUGUCUUUAAGCCCACAGGAAUGGAUGACUAGGAGUCUUAUGAUUCCAGUGUAGUCUGUUUGCUGCUACUUCUGAUUUUGAUGUCAUGUCAACGCCAAGAAGCAACACACAGGUCAGCGAUUGUUCUGGCCUUUCACAAAUGGAAUGGAACUGCCUUGUAUGCUUUCAGCUCUUUGUUUCCUUAAAGCUGUCUCUCUUUGACCAGAGUUAAUCGGAGCAUCACAAUAACUGCGAUCCCAUUAACUGUUUCGUUGUACCUGUACAAAGGCAAAGGGCCUUUUUUUAACUUAUGUGUGUAAUGUGGUUGCUUGUUAAUAUAUAUAAGAAUUAUUAAACACAGUGUAAUACAUGUUUUUACUCCUCAGGUUAAGAUGUGGUAACAAAACACUUGUUUUGAAAACCAUACAAG